AUGCGCUCGCAAGCCGAUUUAGCAGUGACUGAGUUAGUCACUGCUAGUCCACUUCAACGCCAGGCAUUGGUGGUUGCGCUGCAGCGAUUGCGCCGCUUGUCUCAGCGCUACAAUAUGAGGGAUGAACAUAUGAGACCAGAUGAGACCAGCUUGCUGGAAAGGCUCCACCGUGCUGGCGCAGAUGCUGCCCCCACGUUGAAAGAGAUUGGCGCAGGGAUCAAUAUCCAGGCGGUCGCUGUGGGCGUCCUGACAGACCUGGGAAUUCCCCUGGAGAGCUUCCAUGAGGGUCAAGGCGAUGCCAUUUUCACCAGUGCAGUGGAGUAUUUUACGCCAGAGGGCUUCUUCAUCGCAUCAGAAGCUGUGGGGCUGAAGGCAGGCUCGGCUCACCCACAACUGUCAGCACAUCGAGCAAAGUUCCACAGCACCUUGGUGGCCGAGUGCUGUCGACUGCUGGGUGAGGACAAAGUGAUCCUCAACAGUCGCUUUGUGCAGCUGGAGAGGCAUGAGGACCAUGUGGUUCUGCACUUCGAGAACAGCACCACGAAAAAUCCGAUGGCACCAGUCACGUGCCACUUCGUCGUGGGCGCUGAUGGCCUUAAGAGCCGCCUCCGUGGCGCCUUGUUGGGCGAUGGAGAUCCAAGGUACACAGGACGUAUGAUCUUCCGCGGCCUGUGCGAGGUGGAUGACAUACAUGCGGAUGGAUGUACCGUCUCCCUUUGUGGCGACGCAACUGGCAACUUUAUUUGCUACCCUAUCAGUGAAAGGCUUCGGCAAGAGAAGCGUUUCCUGUGCAACUGGGGCCUUUGCGUUUUGAGGGAGCAUCCAGGCGGCGAAGAGAAUUGGACUUCGGAAGCUGGCCUGGAGGAGAUCCGUCAGGAGCUGCAGAACUUCGGCGGCAACAGCUUUGCAGGUCUCACGCCUCUUCAAAUGGCAGAGAGGACCGAGAAAAUCAUCGGAUGGAGCUUAUUCGACCGUGAUCCAUUGAAGUCUUUCGAUUUUGGCAACGUGACCUUGUUGGGUGAUGCUGCACAUCCUUUAUUGCCAUACGGCAGUCAGGGAGCAACCCAGGCCAUCAUGGAUGCGGAAGCCCUGGGUGUCAGCUAUCAGAAUGCCAUGGCGAAUGGCACAGGCAUUCGCGGUUGCGUCAAGGAGUACUCAGAUUUGCGCUGUGAAGUUACUGGAAAGGUCGUCAUUGCAAACAGGGACAUGGGUUCCACUGCAGUACUGCGUGUCACCGCGCUAGAGACAGAGGGGAUGGCCAUGGAAGAGAAGCGCCAGUGGUGUGCUGAGCAUGGUAAGCGUUUGCAUGAUGAGGUCAUCCAGAAGUACAGGGCCUCAAUGCCCAAGAGCGUGCGGUCAGUUUGCGACUCGCAGUACGGCGCUAUGCAGCGCCAAGACGCGGUGGCGCAGUGGAGAACUACGCGAAGGUGGCUGUGCUAUGUUCUCGCUGCGGGGAGCUACUCGCCGUGUACCGCAAACGCAACGCGCGGAAGUCACAACUUGUCAAGAUGCACCUUGAGCGGAUCGCAGAAGAUACCCAUGGACUAUUGGCUCUGGAUGGUCAUAUACCAUCAUCUGGUGAAAGGGAAGUUGCAUGCCCCAACUGCCAGCGAAGUUUUGCCGAGGAGCAAAUCCAGCCAAGAGCGCGAACGACACAUCAAGAGCAGGGUAGCAGCAUGCAGUGGGGUUGAACAAGAAGCCACAGAGGCCUUGCGGUUGAAGGCCGGAAUCGAUGCCCUAGCGGUUUGUUGGCUGAUGGCAGUCAUGGCAUUCGUCUCUGCCCCAGAAGCCGCCCUUCGCGGUGAGACUGCGCUGACUGCACCAAAGGACCGAGCAGCCCAAGCAGCAGCUAUCUCGGCUGCAGUGUUGACCGUCCCAGAGAUUGCGCAUGCUGGCAACUCUGGCUAUGCAUUGCUGCAGCUCGGCUGGGCUAUUUUCAUCAUCUCCUUGGGCCCUGCAGUGCUCUUCUGGAUCUACUUCAACAAGCCGGAGCUGCUUUGA